GUUGAGAAACUUUUUCCUCUUCGGCAGUCGCCGCCGUCACUUAAUUUUUCUGAAUAGUAGUCAGAAAAAAUCCUUUCAACGUGUGUUUCAAAAUUUUAGAUCUUGAAGGAUUUUCAUUUCAAAAAUAAUCAGGGAACAUUGUUCGGUAGGGUUCCUUAUCGGCGAUAAGUUAUCGCUUGGACAAAAUUGUGUCACGAUGUGGAGGCAGCGGAGUCGAGGAGGACAAAGUGAUGACAAUUCAGGAGAGGAUACGAAAAGGUACAAUCAAUUCCUAACAGGUCCGUCCGCCACCACAAGCAGCAGUACCAAUAAGGUCAUCCUCAUCGACGUCACAUCAUCGUCAGAGUGGGGAUGAGAUGUCGUCAAAUGGGAGGAAAAACAGUCCCGAGAGCAGCAACAGCAGAGGUUAUCACCACAAACACAAGCACAAUAAGCACCACCGCAAGAAGGACAAGAAAAAAUCAAAGUCGCCGAGCAGUCGACACAGGAAAAGGAGUUCAAGUCGGAGCAAAAGUCGGAGUAGAAGCAGGGACAGAUCUCGACAUCAUGAAAGUAGUAGCAGUAGCAAAGGAUACAGAAGAGACGAUUCAAAAUCGAACAAGGGUAGAAAUUCCCAUGAUGACAGGGUACAACGAUCAAGUCACUCAAGUCGGAAUUAUAAUGAAUCUGAACAAGGUGCGAGGGUCAACAGAAGGCCUGAUCGCAAAAACGAAUCGUCAAGCAGUGAUUCAGACUUAGAUCUCGUAAAAACUAAAAUACCACCCUUAUUCUCAACUGGUUCAGUUCCACCUGCAGCAGCUAAGCUGAAAGCAGAAAUUGAAAAGAGAAAACAAUUAUGGAACAAAAACAAGGACAAGCCAGCGGAGACGGCUACUACUGCCACAGCUUGGAAGGGAACAGCAUUCUCAAACGACAACGACGGCAGGGUGUCGGCAAAAUUUAAACGACUUAUGGGCAUCAAGGAUGUCGAAGGCCCGUCUAAUUCCAAUGACCACGCAGUAUCCAAGAUGUCAGAGACACAGAGAAAGGAAUAUUUUGAAAAUCUUGAACAACAGUAUGAGGUCGCUCGAGCUACCACCCACACUCAACGAGGGCUAGGGUUGGGAUUUUCGUCGCGACUGUUUCCUAGAUAAAUAUGUACGAUAUUACACCAGAUACAGAGACUAUGUUUACUUUUUCCACUCUAUGUUCAUUCUUAUUUUAUUCAGCUAUUUUAUUGUAGUAUCCAUACUUUUGGCUAGGGAUGAAAUAUUAUGCUAUUGAAACACCACUGCAAGUUCUUCAGGAAGUCUAACCUAACCUAAUAGUAAGGAGGAAUAAAGAUUUGGAAAUUUUCAGAGUAAAUUAAUUGUCAUUUGUCGUGUUUUGUUGGUGAUAAGAUUAUGUAAUUAAUUUCAUGAAAAUGCAGGAAAAAACUAACAAUGGAAGUCUCCCAACGUAUGCUAACGGAUUUUCACCAAACUAUCGUCAACGGGUUACAAAUGCAGUUAAUAUGAAAUUUGAUAAGACAUUAUCUGCCAAUGCUCAGGUUUGGCGGAGAUAUUUGCUUGGCAGCGUAUGUUUUUCGCAAAUUUCAUAUUAAUUAAGUUUUGCGAUUGAUUGACACUAGUUUGGUCAAAAUCUGUGAGCAUACGUUGCGACCUCCGUUGUAAGUAUGCAAAAGUGAGAGAGCUGGUUAACAGAAGUUCAAAAAAUUAUGAACCAAUAAAAAAACUUAGCUAAAACUGUAA